CCGAUCUAGAGGCUGGCUGGGGGAUAAAGGAAUUCAGAAAGUCUCAGAAACGAGGGAAUGGGAAUCGGGAUUUUUUUUGUUUAGUCUUUGUUUAAAAUCAACAAUUUAACAUCUAGCAAGUGUAAAGGCAUUCCCCUUCUCCCACUCCCGCCCUCAUUUGAAGUCUCGCUUGGCCAGAUCAUAAGGCAUUUCCUUGGUACUUGGCACUUCCCAGGCCCCGUCGGGGAAAUUCUGGAAGAGCACACUAGCUCUAAGUCCUAGUGGUUUAAAUCGUGGGGGAAAGGGAUUUAGCUUGAGGUUUAUGGUUCCACCUUCAGCCUCUUCUUGCCCUGACUGAACCUCAGUUUUUUCCUCCAAGUAGUAGGUAUCGGUCGAGUCUGCGUUACCACCGACCUCUAAGGAUUAGUGGCAAAAAUCAAAGGCGAUACUGUCUAAGAAAGCUUUUGUAAGCUUCGUGUAGACAUGAAGUCCAUUUGCUGUGCUCUCCUGUCCUAAGCUCUUCAUAGUUGGGUGGGUGGGUGGGUGGGGAGUGGGAGGAGAGAAUGAAGGGCCAGGUUCAACAGAUGGGGAAAUAACUGGGGCGGAAGGGAGGAGCUAGGAGAGACGAGGAGGAGGUGAGGGAGAGGAGAGCGAAGGGGGUUGUAAGGACGUUUAGGAAAGAGGGGAAAGACCCAGAACGUCUCUUGGGGGUGAGAUAAUGCAGACGUAGCAACACCCCCUUUCAUUACCCCGUUCCGGCCAGAUCCCCUUCCUCUGGCAUGGAAUGGGUCACUAGACAAUUAAAAUGGGAUUCCUGCCUUGAUGACGUCCGCAUUGUGAAGGCCCCUCCCGCAGCAGCAUAAAAGGCUGUGAGGUUCCGCAGUCUGCUCGGCAGUUAGGGGGUGGACGGACUGCUCCACGGCGCUGUACUUCCCAGGCACCGCAGAGCGCAGACUACUGCGGGAGAGUCCGGGAGUAGAAAGGACUUGUCCGGUCCCGGGAACACUGGGACCCUUCCAACCAUGCCAGGCGGCAUCCCGUGGUGCUUCGUGGUCCUCUUCGCUGUGUGCCUGAAAUGCCUGGCCCAGAAUUUCGGACAGACCCGUUUCAUCUGCACUUCGGUGCCAGUAGAUAUGGACAUGUGCAGCUCUGUUCAAAGCAGCGGCAGCGCUGAGGACCUCAAGACCAAUGUGUUGCAGCUCCGUGAGACCGUGCUGCAACAGAAGGAAACCAUUAUGAACCAGAAGGAGACUAUCCGGGAACUGACCACCAAACUGGGCAGGUGUGAAAGCCAGAGUUUGCUGGAGAGCGGACCCAAUGAAGCCAAGCCUGGAGCAGGCAGAAAACAAUCAGGCUCCGGGAAAAAUACCAUGGGGGAUUUGUCCAGAACCCCUGCUGCAGAGACUCUCAGUCAACUCGGGCAAACUUUGCAGUCUCUCAAAACCAGGCUAGAGAACCUUGAGCAGUACAGUAGACUCAAUUCUUCAAGUCAGACCAACAGCCUUAAGGACAUGUUGCAGAGCAAGAUCGAUGACCUAGAGAAGCAAGUUUUGUCUCGGGUGAAUAGUCUGGAGGAAGGGAAGUUGAACCCUAAGAAUGAGACUGAGGAGAGGGUCAAGAUAGAGAGCACUCUAACAUCUCUCCACCAAAGGAUCAGUGACCUGGAGAAAGGUCAAAAAGACAACAGGCCUGGGGACAAGUUCCAGCUCACAUUCCCACUUCGAACCAACUAUAUGUAUGCCAAGGUGAAAAAAAGUCUUCCAGAAAUGUAUGCCUUCACUAUCUGCAUGUGGCUAAAAUCAAAUGCCUCCCCUGGAGUGGGAACGCCAUUCUCCUAUGCUGUGCCAGGCCAGGCCAAUGAGCUGGUCCUUAUUGAAUGGGGGAAUAACCCUAUGGAGAUCCUCAUAAAUGACAAGGUGGCCAAGCUCCCUUUUGUCAUCAAUGAUGGUAAGUGGCAUCACAUCUGUAUCACCUGGACCACACGAGAUGGUGUCUGGGAGGCCUAUCAGGAUGGCACUCAAGGAGGCAAUGGAGAGAACCUGGCACCCUAUCACCCAAUCAAACCACAGGGUGUACUUGUGUUGGGCCAAGAACAGGAUACUCUGGGUGGUGGGUUCGAUGCCACACAAGCUUUCGUUGGUGAACUGGCUCAUUUCAACAUCUGGGACCGAAAACUCACCUCUGGAGAGAUCUACAACCUGGCCACUUGCAGCACCAAAGCUCUGUCUGGGAAUGUCAUUGCCUGGGCUGAGACCAACAUUGAUAUCUACGGUGGGGCCACAAAGUGGACUUUCGAAGCUUGCCGUCAGAUCAACUAACUGCUUUGGAGCUGCUUCUCUCCCUUUUUCCUGCCUGCCCUUCCCUCCCAUUCCCACCUUUCCUACCUGCUUAAGUAGCUCUUACCUAUUUGUCUUUUCCUCUUCUCCUUCCUGAAAAAUUAAUUAAGAACAUUUCAACCCCCUCCUCCAAAACACUCCUAGUUUUGUUUGUCUCUCCCCGAAGCAGAGUUGCUUGUCUUGUCAGUCCCCAAAGAACAACACAUUUCUCUCUAGGAGCCUUGAAUUCAGCUCCUCAGGCAUCCCCUGUCCACAGUAAAUGCAAUGACACCAAACUUUUGAAUAAUGCAAAAGUAGGUGAAAAGUUUUUUGAUUUUUUUUUUUGUGGUCAGGGGAAGGGGGCUUUUCUUUUGGAAUGAGUUUUUUUUUUUCCCUUUCUUCUCUAUUUUUCUUUCUGGCUUUGGGAAAUUUCACAAUUGGUCUAAUUCCUGUAUUUGCCAACUUUGUUAGAUGCCUGAGUGCCUUUGGGCUGGUGCAGCUUCUUGAGCACACACAUUUGUCUUCAUUUGCAAACCUUUUUAAGAAGGACAUAUCUCUAUAUUGAUAUAAUAAAUGUCUUUUACGCAGUUUGUUAAAGGCCAGGGCACCUUGCCAUAGAGAAUUUUUAUUUUGUAUUAAAAGUGAAUUCUCCUUGAAUGACCCCAUGCUCACAUGGCACUUUGGUUCUGCCUGCUCCCAUUGGGAGAGGGAGAGAUGACCCUGGUGGAGAAGGAAGAGGAAGGGUACUAUUGGCCUCAGCACUCUGGCUAACCCUCUUGGCAACCACUGGCCCCUGACCCGGUCCUCAGUUCUUUGUAUCUGAGGGUCCACCAAAGCUAGGGAAGCCAUAAUGAUUAUUUGUGCUUUGUGCCAGGCUCUUUCCCAGGACCUGGAAAAUGUUGUGCCCCUUUUGGGGAGCACUAUGAAAGCCUUGUGGGAAAAACCUCUCCCUUCUCACUUCACUGCACCAUAUGAGGCUGAAGCUUGCAUCUUCCCACUUAGCUGCCAGGCUGGUCCCAGGUGCAGUGUUCCAGUCUUUAUAACCCACAAGAGAGGAGUACCCCCAUAUCAUAUUCCAGGUAGGCCACAUCUCCACUUCCUUGCCCUCUUUCAUACUUGGGUCUUAGGAUCAUAGUAUUUGGAGCUAAAAAAAAAAGAAGAAAAGACCAUAAGGAUGACCUAAUCCAACCCUCUCAUUUUACAGAUGAGGAAACUGAGGCUCACAGAGGUGAAGCAAUUAGCCCAAGGUCACUCAGCUAGUAAGUAGCAAAGCUAGGGUUCAAAUGCAGAUACUCAGACUCAGAUUAUGGUGUUCUUGCCACUACACCAUGCUAUUUGGGGAGUAGAAGGUCUGAGUAGAUUUGUUUAAUGGUAUUUCCCCCAUUUUCUAAGAAAAGUGAUACGUGGCUAAGAUCCAGCUCCUUUCUAAUGGAGCUCAAAACCUGGCAACCCAGGAAGGCUUCUUUCUUAGAUAUUUUUUCUCUUGCCUCCCAAUAUUUCUAGACCUAACCUGCAGGGGUCAAACAAGCCUUUAUAAAGCAAGGAUGACCUGGGUUAGAUUUUUACUGAGGAGAUGGAGUUUUAGGUAUAUCCCCUAUGGGACAAGUUUUAGCUGCUUGUUCCCUCCAAUCCCUCUUCAGUUUUGUAGAAUCCAAGUCCAGUAAAGCCAACUUCCCUUUGGUUGUAUGGCUCAUUGAGCCUCUAACUGAAAAACUGGAAGGCCUUCCCUACCCUCCUCCCCACCUCACCUUUUUUUAUUUAUUUUGAUUUUGAUUUAUUUUGAUUUAUUUUAAAAUUCUCUCCUGGUCCUUCCAAGCAGGAGGGGAAACUCUGUGUGUGUGUGUGUGUGUGUGUGUGUGUGUGUGUGUGUGUGUAUGUGUGUAUGUUGGGUGUGAGUGUAAGAGUUGGGAGUAUCAUGCCCAGGUUUAGUGUGAGCUUUAUCCUUUUUCAGCAUCUGGAAGUUGUGUACCCUGAGGGCACUUCCCAGUGCUGUCACCAGAGACUAAUGAAAAAAUGGGCUUGUACUUCUUUCUAGAAAUUCAAUAGCUACCACCUGGCUCAUCUGCAGCCCCAGACAUUUCUGCAGCAGAUACAGGUGUCUGAGUCUUAUGUUCCUUAAAAGGGACACCUGUCUCCUUAAAUGCAGGUCCAUUUUAUGUCUAAAAAUGGGUGUGUGUGGGUGUGUGCACGUGCAUGCACACACCUUGUGUAUAUGUAUGUACUUAUGUAUGUCUGCUCAGCACAUAGUCAUUGGUUCUGAGAUUCAGUUCUCUUUUUAAAGGGCAUGGAUUGAAUGACAAGAUGUGUGUUGUUACAAAUGGUGACUGACAUUCUUCCAUGGUUAUGUUUCCUCAAAGCCUUGUGGCUUGUGACACCCUUGAAUUUGAAGAUGGCUUCUGUGUUUGCAUGUUUUUCUGGAUGUUGUGUUCCUUGCUGCCUCAGUCUGGUGUGUUCAUUCCUUUGUCUGCAUGAGUUCUUGCAGAGUUGUGUUGUUUGCUGAGCUCCCUCUCAAAUGUUCUAUGAUCAUAUGUGUAGCAAUCAGAAAUGGCUGUAUAAUCCAGGCUAAGGGAUAGAUAAAAUCUUCUCCCCAACACAAACACACAAACACACACACACAAACACACACAAAGCUCAUCCAUAUGCACACAAACACAGAAAUGAAGGUGAGACCAAGCUCAAAUGAUACCCAAAGCAGGGAGAGAGAGCUUGGGAUUGUCCCUCUAGUCCAAGAAGGCCCUGCUCCCUCAUUUCUCUCUUUUUGGAGCUACUGUAUAAUGUUGGUGAAGGGCCAAAGUGUACUCGGUGCUGUCCCACCUGCACCUACCACCAGCCCCAGCCCCUACCCACUGGACCCCAGACCACCCUCUGCCCCAAACAGGCAAGGUGGGAGCUGUCCAUUCAGGACCACAAGCCAUUCUCUGUCUCUAACUAGUCAGACAGAGCUUAUCCCUUGUGCUUAUGCCUUUCCAGCAUCUCAAUCCAUUCUCUCCAAAACUUUACCUUUACUCCUCCUCCUCCCUUCCAUUACCACCCCCUCUCCCUUUGCCCCUAGGGUUUUGGAGCUGUUCCAAAUGACUCUAAAACAUCGUCCUAACCAUCUCCCUUUCCUCCAAGCUCUCCUAGAGAUACACAGGAUGGCCAGGACUGAGUCCUCAGCACCCUUCCUCAUCUCCUAAUUGGGGUCAGUGCCAAGCCCCUCAGCUCCCUCACUGUGUUUGUACUUGGCAUGCUGCUUGCCCCAGGUAAGGCAGAUGACAAAGCCACCAAUCUAAUCCACUCAGUUUCCAUAUACUCCUUAAUCUGAUUGAUGUUCCCUCUUGCACUGAAUAAUACAUGCCUCUCUCAGGUAAUGCCAUUUUAUAAAAUAAGGAGAUAAAAAAGCACUGUUGAGACAGUGUUUGUUUUUGCCUAGCCAGUGUCCGACAGCUCCCAGAGGCAUCUGAAGUGGGAGAACUGUUGAAAUAGCCUUUCUGGUCUCUUGGGAGCUGAGAUCCCACUUGGAUUUUAAGCCUUCUUGCUUUUGAUAACACAGUAUUAUCUCUCUUAUUGUAGAAGAAAAAAAGUUUAUUACCAAACAAAAGUAUUUUUAUGAGAAAAAGACAAACAUAUAAAUUAACAUAUAAUUUCUCCCUUGAAAAUAUUUUUCAGGCUCUACCAAAACCUAAACUGGUAUGUGUGUAUUUUGGAAGAAAGAUAGUAGAUUUUGUAUGUUUCCCUCCCUUUUGCAGACUCCUCAUUUAUUUUCUAGGACUGCAAAGGUCAUCGUGUCACCAGCCCUGGGACCUGAGACCAAGGGGUUAGGAGUAUUUGGGGGAGGAAGGGGAGAGGAAACGGGUGGGAGGAAGUUUUAGAGCCAUUUUGAACAGCUCCAAAGAAGUUCUGCCUAUUUAUCAAGAGUAGUGGGGACCAAGACAAAGAAGAGUUUAAGGUGAACCCUUUGUCCCAGAGCUGUUUUCCAUUUAAGUGGAAUGAUCUGGACAUUUGAAUGUCUAUUUCAUUCCCUUUUUUUAAAAGUAAUGAAAUUUGGGCUAUUGUUUGAAAUGAAAGCAACAAGACAAAAAUUCACAAAAGUGAAAUAAAAGCAAAAAAAAUGAAGUUAAUCUUUUAUAAUCUGUCAUCACCAAUCUAUCAAAAUACUUAACAACUUACAUUUGCUCAAUAAAGGACUGGAAACACAUUGCUUCAAAAAAAAAAGUGAACUUUAAGUGUAAUUUGCUGAAGAGGGAACAAAUCAUUGAGGAGAAAAAUAAUUCAAUUCAAAUAGUCCCAAUUUUGUCUGACUUGCAAACAAACAGCAGUCCCAAAAAUAGGUAAAAUCCCCCAACCCUCCUAUGGUUGCUCUUGAUACAAUGUAUAUACUGUAUAGUGUUAAAGAGAAUCUGUGUAUCUUACUUUUUUCAUUAUUUGCUAACCAAAGCUGUACAUUUUUCAUAUAUGAUCUGCAGCCGUUUGGGUUUCAAAUGGGUCAGAGUCAUGGGACCUGCCACCUCCCAUCAGCAGUUCUGGAAAUGCACUGUUUCUACUGGUAUUCUUGCUUUUCUCUCUUUUUUUUUCAUUUUCUUGCAGAAACUACAUGAAUUGUUGAGUUUAUUUUUACACAGUAAAGAGUGAAGAAAGAC